UUCUCUCUCCCUCUCUCAGUUGGCAUCAUCAUGUAUGGAAUGUCGAUCUUCCGGGGGAGAAACUCUGAGAAAAAGCUGGAUGAUGAUUCUUCUAGAUUUGCAAAGGUUAGUGAAUUAAGGGAUGCCCUUGGUCCUCUAAACGGUAGGACCUUACAAUACUGCAAUGAGGCAUGCCUUAAGAGAUAUCUUGAAGCCCGAAACUGGAAUGUCGAUAAGGCAAAGAAAAUGCUUGAAGAAUCAAUCAAGUGGAGGGCCACUUACAAACCGGAGGAAAUCAGAUGGCAUGAAGUUGCACAAGUCGGUGAGACCGGACUUAUCUCCAAGGCAAAUUUCCAAGACCGGGAUGGUAGGUCUGUCCUUAUAAUGAGGCCAGGAAUGCAGAAAACAAAAGCAGGAGAAGGAAAUCUUCGGCAUCUGGUGUAUCUAUCAGAGAAUGUUAUCCUAAACCUCCCUGAAGAUAAAGAACAAAUGACAUGGCUGAUUGAUUUUACUGGAUGGACAAUGAACACUAACGUCCCGAUUUCAGUUGCAAGAGAUAUCAUUAACGUUCUACAGAAUCAUUAUCCUGAAAGGCUUGGUGAAGUUAUCCUUUACAAUCCACCUAGAAUCUUUGAGGCAUUUUGGAAGGCAGUGAAGCUGUUUGUUGAUGCCAAAACAUCCAAGAAAAUGAAGUUUGUGUACCCAAAACGAAAAGACUGCGAAGAAGUUAUGAAUUCAUCUUUUGAUAUUGAAAGCCUUCCAGUUGAGUUUGGGGGGAAAGUUCACCUGAAAUAUAAUCAUGAAGAGCUUUGCAGAGAAAUGGCUAUGGAGGAUGUUAAGACUGCUAAAUUUUGGCAGAUCGACCCAGUUCUAAUCACAGCUUAACCAUUUAUAAUAUUA